AUGCUUGCUGCCCCAGAGCAGAAGAAGGAACCAGGAGGAAUGGAAGGUUGGAAGCCCACCUUUGGGGGAAAGAAGGAACGCACCGCGAGGCGGCAGCUGGGCGCAUGCGUUGUGGCCGGGGAGGAGGCGCUAGAGGAUGCGGCGGGCGGUGAGGGCGAGGAGAGGGAUGGGCUCGAGCGGAACUUGGGCGGGACGGUCACUAGUCGCUCUUCGCGCCCUGCCGAGCACAGCGAGCCCCAGGUCAGCGGCCUCCAGGAUAGAGGGGCCAAGUUCGGCCGCUGCAGCCCGACCCGCAAGCGCCGGGGAACUCGCGCUAAGACACACCCGUUUAUAUUUUUAAAGGUAGACUUUGCUCCUGCGGUCGAGGCAUUGACAGUUGUUUUUGUCGAUUCAAAAUCAUUAUCAUCAAGCAAAAUUAAAGACACACCUGUGGAUGAUCCUUCAUUGAAGAUUCUCAUGGCCAAUAAUAGUGACACUCUGAAACUCCUAAAAAUCAGUAGCUGUGCUCAUGUUUCAUCUGAUGGAAUCCUUUGUGUAGCUGAUCAAGGCCUUAGAGAACUGGCAUUGAAUUAUUAUAUUCUAAGUGAUGAACUUCUAGCACUUCCAAGAAAGACUCAUGUUAAGCUUGAACAUCUUCAAAUUGAUGUUGUGAGUGAAAAUCCUGGACAGGUUGAAUUUCAUUCUAUUAAAAAACAAAGUUGGGAUACACUUAUUAAACACUCCGCUGGAGUUAAUGUUGUUAUGUACUUCUUUUUAUAUGAAGAGGAAUUUGAGACAUUCUUCAAUGAAGAAAUACCUGUUAUUUAUUUUGGUUGUUCAGUAAGCAAAGCACUUCUAAGAAGGAUAGGCUUAAGUGAAUUAGUGGUAUGUGCUAAUGGUCUUCAGCCUCCUGAUAAUGAAUUUAUUUGUGUUGUUAAACACUGUAAAAACUUAACAGCUUUGGGUCUCACUGAAUGUGGAGUUAGGGGCAGUACAUUAAUUGAGUUUGUAAGACUGUGUGGGAAAAGGCUUACCCAGCUCUAUAUAAUGGAGGAAGUUUUGAGCCCUGUUGAUGAUUAUAGCCUAGAGGAAAUUCACACUGAAAUCUCCAAAUAUCUGGGAAGAAGAUGGUUCCCUGAUGAGAUGCCUAUCUGGUAAUUUGCUACUAAAGAUUAACCUUUUUUUAAAUCAGUAAGAUUAGCUUCUCUGUCUGUGCAAUAUUUUAGGUAAAUUAUUUUAUCAUUUUCAAACUGCCUUAAUGGAUGCUACAGAAGUAUUUGAAAAAAUAUGAUGUAUAUUAAAAGCCAGAAAUCUCCGUAAAUAAGGCACAGAGAUGGUUGAUAUGCUAAAAACUACUGAUCAUUUCUAGGUAAGUUCCUUAGCCUUCCUUGAAGGCAUAUUUCAGUUUGCGAAAUCAAUUUGUACUGUUGAACUUUGGAUACCUAAAGUUAUGCCUCACUUAACAACUUUAUAUUAUUUUAAUUUCUUCUACUUCAUCUUGCUAUUAAUAUAUUUUAUAAAAUAUGUAGUACUGAGAUCUAAGUAAA